AUGCUCCUUCAUCUUUCUUCUCUGUUAAUAUUUACAAUUUCAUUGGCCAACUGCCAAACCUGCAGUUUUUCCAAAUCCGCUGUAAAUGCUAGCUGGACAGUUGCUCAAAAUGGAACUCUCCAAAUUUCGUAUCAAAAUAAUGGGAUUUCUAAUAACCAGUGGACAGCGAUAGGAUUUGGGCCGGAUAUGUACAACCAACAAGUCAUAGUUCUGAUGGUCCAAAACAAUCAAGUCUCCAUUCGCACUGGAAGCACUUCAGGUCACGCUCCGCCCACUUUCAGCAGUCAGAAUAGCGCUAAUUUGCAAAACGUGAAUUAUUCUGGGACCACUAUAAAUGCAACGACUUCCGUUCCAUUGAAUUUUAACGGUGUUAAUUUGGGAGGGUGCCAAACUUGGAAUUUCGUUCAAACCGGACCACUCAGCAAUGGACAAAUGGAACCCCAUACUUCACGGCCCAACCAAGUGAAUAACGUUUGUGCUUCGCAAUGUGUAUGA